UCUGAGAAUGAUUGUCAAACUGAGGGCGUGACCGGGUCAUAACAGUGUGGUUCGACGUUGGAAGGCUCAGUGAAACCUGCUGCUGCGCCCGGAAGUCCCACACCACAUUUUAGCGUUCGCCUUCAGCGCAGCAGCAGCAGACAGCCACGAUCCAAACUUCCGCGGGACUCCGCGCCCUGUUUUCCGUGGAGCCGGUGGAGAUCCAGCCCUUCAACACGCCGCUCUCUUACGUCCCGUCCGUGAGCAGUGAUCUGGUCUCGGCGGAGAUUUCUCCUGCUGCUCGGAUCUUAUCCCUUUCUUUUUUUUCUUCUUUUUUCCUCCCCUCUCUCCUCUCCCCCUCCGCAGAUCUGGUUUGCGCCUCGUAAUCGCAGCUGCGUGUCCGGAGCGCGGCUGCGUAAACGUGCGUAAAGCCGUCCAGAGGCUGCGCCUCCGUGGCAAUGGAUUGAUUUCAGCGUGUUUUCCUUCCAGCUCCCCUUCGACCAAGUUGAGAUAACUGUCCAAACGUGCGGCUCCCACUCUCCUCCUCCAGCUACAUGUUGGAUCCGGACAGUUUUCAGAGUACGGGGCUCCGGAUGGUUCUGCGCGUUUGGGUACUUUGAACUUUUCCCUCCUUUGUGCAUUGGCAGGAGGCGGCUGGGGAUUGUUUAAAAAAAGAAAAAGGAUCUAUAUGUUAGCGUCUGCCCCUGGAUUCUUGAAGGCUGCAAAGAUUCGUUUGUGAAAAGUGAUGGCCGAGCGGGGAGCUCUGUGGCUCCUCUGUCUCCUCUGUCUCACCUUUCUCCGCACGGACUGCGCCGCCGCAAAGCAUGUCGACAAAGGUUCUGCAGCACACCCCUUCAGCCCCUUCUGGUUCACGGUGGAGCCCCAGGACACGCUGGCCGUCCGCGGAAACCCCGCACUGCUCAACUGUUCGGCCCACAGCGACGGGGCCACGCCGGCACGCAUCACGUGGAAGAAGGACGGCACUUUUAUGAGCCUGGUUUCAGACGAGAGGCGGCGCAUACUUCCUGACGGCUCGCUGUUCUUCAGCCACAUCACCCACUCAAAGCACAACAAGCCAGACGAGGGCAUCUACCAGUGUGUUGCCACGAUCGACAACCUGGGCUCCAUUUCCAGCCGCACAGCACGGCUCUCUGUAGCAGGGUCGCCCAGGUUCUCCAGCCAGCCUUCAGCAGCCACUGUGCAUGUGGGGGACAGCCAGGUGUUGGCGUGUGAAGUCAACUCUGACCUGGUGCAGUUCACCCACUGGGAGAGGGACCGGCGGCCGCUGGAGCCCAGCGCCCGGAUGAUCCAGCUACCAAGCGGAGCUUUGGUCAUCAGCAACGCCUCGGAGGCCGACGCUGGUCUGUAUCGCUGUGUGGUGGAAAAUGUAGGCCCAGCCAAAGCGAGCGAUGAGGCGCAGCUCCAAACAGUGCCAGAAACGGGAGAAGAGAGGAAGUUGGAGUUUCUGGUGCAGCCAACUUCUGUAACCAAAGUGAUGGGUUCCACUGUACUGCUGCCGUGCGCCGCCACCGGUUACCCAGUGCCGCACAUCCACUGGAUGGUUGGAGACAAGCUGUUGGAAGAAAGUGAGGGGCGCAUUAAAGUCGUGGGCGGUGGAAGUCUCCAGAUCACCGAUCUGGUGGAGGAGGAUGCCGGCGUUUACACCUGUGUGGCGGAAAAUUCCAACAGCACCGCCACUUCCCAGGCUGAGCUCACCGUUCAAGUUCCUCCAAAGUUCAUCAAACGGCCAGCCAACACCUAUGCACAUGAGUCCAUGGACAUCGUCUUCGAGUGUGACGUUUCCGGCUCUCCUGCUCCCACCGUCAAAUGGGUGAAGAACGGAGAUGCUGUUAUCCCCAGUGACUACUUCAAGAUAAUCAAGGAGCACAAUCUACAGGUUCUGGGUCUGGUCAAGUCAGAUGAAGGUUUCUACCAGUGUCUGGCAGAAAAUGAUGCAGGCAACAUCCAGUCCAGCGCCCAGCUCAUCAUACUGGAUCACGACUUAGCCCUGCCCUCCUUCCCUCCUCCCCCCUCACUGACUCCUAACACUACUGACCAUGUAACGCCAGGCUCCGGAGGCGUGAGCGGCGGCGCGGCCAGCCCCACCCCCUCCGCCCCCCGGGAUGUGGUGGCGUCGCUGGUCUCCACCCGCUUCGUCAAGCUGACCUGGCGGCAGCCCGCCGAGCCGCACGGGGAGCUGCUGACCUACUCCGUCUUCUACAGCCAGGACGGCGCGAGCAGGGAGCGGGUGGUCAACACCAGCCGUCCCGGCGACAUGCUGGUCACCAUCCAGAACCUCAUGCCGGACACCAGGUACCGCUUUCGGGUCGUGGCGCACAACAUCAACGGGCCUGGCGAGAGCUCGGCGGUGCUCAAAGUGCCCACCCAGGCCGAAGUUCAAGUGCCGGGCCCAGCUCCCAACCUGCAGGCUGUGUCCAACACCCCCACCUCAGUGUCUCUCAGCUGGGACAAACCCCUCACCGGAAACGGAGACAUCCUCAGCUACAAGCUGUACUACACAGACAGAACCGUCGGGAGCGAACAGGAUGUUGACGUUGAUGGUCAAGCUUACACCAUGAGCGGGCUGAAGAAGAACACCGAGUACAGCUUCCGUGUGGUGGCCAACAACAAGCACGGCUCGGGCGUCUCCACUGAGGACGUCAUCGUCCGCACGCUGUCUGACAGUCCAAGCGCUCCUCCUCAGAACCUCACACUGGAAGUUCAGAAUUCAAAGAGCAUCAUGCUUCGGUGGCAGCCCCCACCCCUCAGCGGCCAGAAUGGAGAGAUCAUCAGCUACAAGAUCCGAUACCGGAAAGGAUCCCGGAAGAGCGAAUCUGCGGUUAUCACUGCCGGCACCGAGCUGUACAAACUCAUCGAAGGUCUGGACCCUGGAACGGAGUACUCCUUCAGAGUGUCAGCCAUCACGGUGAACGGCACAGGACCGAACACCGAAUGGACGACAGCAGAGACGUUUGAAAGCGAUCUUGAUGAGUCCAGAGUUCCGGACCAGCCCAGCUCCCUGCACGUCCGUCCACUGGUCAACAGUAUCGUGGUGAGCUGGACGCCCCCCGAGAACCAGGACAUCGUUGUGCGCGGGUACAGCAUCGGCUACGGCAUCGGAAGUCCACAUUCUCAGACCAUCAAAGUGGACUACAAGCAGCGCUACUACACCAUCGAGAACCUCAAUCCCAGCUCCCAGUACGUGAUCACACUGAAGGCCUUCAACAAUGUGGGUGAGGGGAUCCCAGUGUACGAGAGUACUGCCACCAGAGCCCAGUCAGACCCUGAUGUUGACUUGUACGAACUGUUCCCUGCUCCAUACACCCCAGUACCAGACCAUACUCCCAUGAUGCCUCCCGUGGGUGUCCAGGCAUCCGUGCUAACCCACGACACCAUCAAGGUGACCUGGGCAGACAACACUCUGCCGAAGAACCAGAAGAUCACCGACAACCGCUUCUACACGGUGCGAUGGAAGACCAACAUUCCUGCCAACACCAAAGUGAAGAUGGCCAACACCUCCAGCCUGAGCCACAUCGUGACGGGUCUGAAGCCCAACACUCUGUACGAAUUCUCCGUCAUGUUGACCAAAGGCCGGCGCGCCAGCACCUGGAGCAUGACCGCGCAGGGCACCACCUUCGAGUCCAUUCCCAGCUCUCCUCCAAAAGAUGUGACUGUGGUGAGCAAAGAGAACAAGCCUCGCACCAUUAUUGUCAACUGGCAGCCUCCUUCUGAAGCCAACGGGAAAAUCACAGGAUACAUCAUCUACUAUAGCACAGAUGUAAAUGCUGAGGUCCACGACUGGGUUAUUGAACCGGUGGUGGGGAACCGCCUCACACACCAGAUCCAGGAGCUGACUCUGGACACCACCUAUUACUUCAAGAUCCAGGCCCGGAACUCGAAAGGCAUGGGCCCCAUGUCCGACGCCGUCCUCUUCCGCACUCCGAAGGCUGAGUCCUCUGACAAAAUGGCUAAUGACCAAGCCUCAAAUUUACCACCAAAGCUGCCGGGCAAUCAUCCCCCACCGGAUCCUGGAACUCCACUGGGUGUUGGGAGUGGUGAAAACCACAUCCUGGUCAUCGUCAUCAUCGUAUCAGUCGGAGCCUUCACCAUCAUCGUGGUGGUCGUGGGAGCGUUCCUGUGCACUCGUCGCACCACGUCCCACCAGAAAAAGAAACGAGCCGCCUCGAAGUCCUCGAAUGGCUCCCACAAGUACAAGGGAAACUCCAAGGACUUGAAGCCGCCCGACCUUUGGAUUCACCACGAGAGGCUGGAACUGAAACCCAUGGACAAGUCGCCGGACCCCAACCCGGUCAUGACCGAGACGCCCAUCCCCCGCACCUCCCAAGACAUCACACCUGCUGACAGCGGCCUUGAGAGUAACCCCCACCUGCAGCAGAGGCGGAACUCCUACCGUGGCCACGAGUCAGAGGACAGCAUGUCUACUCUAGCAGGCCGACGAGGGAUGAGGCCUAAAAUGAUGAUGCCCUUUGAUGCGCAGCCCCCUCAGCCUGUGAUUAGUGCUCAUCCUAUCCAUUCGCUUGAUAACCAUCAUCACCAUUAUCACAUGGGCAGCCUGGCAUCACCAACACGCAGCUACCUCUAUCAUCCGGGCAGCGGGCAUUCGCGCUCACACACCUGCGCCACCCCCAUAUCCCAUUUAGAGAGGGUGGACUCUACAGAGUCGGUGAGGAACACCCCCAGUACAGAGCCCCUCCCACCCGCUACGGCCUCCUCUCAGGUCUCCUGCCCCUCUGAGAUCCUGGCUGACCCCGAGGGCAGCUACCACGGCUCCUCCACCACAGACGAGGAGCCCAGCUACUCCAGCAACCUGCCCCCGCACCGCUCGGCCCACCCGCACGCUCACGCCCACCCGCUCAAGAGCUUCGCCGUGCCUGCAAUCCCCGUCUCCAGCCAUCCAUCAUACGAGUCUCCUGCUCUGCCGAGCACGCCCCUGCUCGCCCAGACCGGGCCUCCCACUCACCCCCACGUUGUGAAAACAGCUUCCAUCGGAACACUAGGACGGACACGAACGCCGAUGAUAGUCACCGUCCCCAACGCGCCCCCUGAAGUGCCAGAAACCAGCAAGAUGCUUGAGGAUGUAGACAGCGUGCUUGCUUCCCUCCCCCCAUGCCCCUCGCCUGCCCCCCGCAGUAACCCUGUUCCUCUCCCUCAGAGCUACGAGCCCGAUGAGCUCACAGAGGAAAUGGCCCACCUGGAAGGCCUGAUGAAGGACCUGAACGCCAUCACCACAGCCCCAUGAUCACUGAUGCAACGUGCAGGCUCAGACACGCCCUCUCUGCCAUUCACACAAACACACACACAAAUACACAACCAAACCUUGCAGAACCAGAGGCCAGUGGACACAGAAACCGGCUUGUUGUGCUGGCAGAAGCUCUGGCGUCCCCACUGCAGACAAAAGAAGCAAACCUCCAGACUGAAACUUUUUUUCAAACCCCCACCCUUGCUCAGUCUCAGGAAGGAGAUUGCCAUGAGAGGGAAGGAAACGUGGGAAGCUUUACAGCAUAUGAAGAAACUUUUACAUUUCGGUCGCCUUUUAACCGGAAGAUUGUGAAUUUUUGGGGUGUUUUUUUUCUCUCAGCAAAAAUUUGUACAGUUGGUGUUUGAGCCGAACACUCGCUCAAAGACGGUCGAGUCGGUGUCACGACAAGAGGAGGACGUCCAAAAAUUGGCUGGUUUUGAUGUUGGUGCUCGUGCAGCACAGUCUACACACAGUGUUUGUUUGAUUAGUGUUUCCUUUGUGCAUCUUGUAUAUCUAUUGGGCCAUUUCAGUGAAGUGAACAUUGGAUUCAGCCCCUUUACAAUCCUACAUUAUUUUUUUGUAUUAUUAUUUUCGCCUCGUCCUCUUGUGUCAUAUAUUUGCCAUGACUUUAUAUUGUUUUCUAUGUUGUAUUAUUUUUUUACACACAUAUCCUUAUGAACGUGUACAUAUGUUUUAUUUUUUAUGCUGCCUCAUGAUUUUGACAUUUCCCAUAGUUCCUUUUAUUAUUAAUAUUGUUAUUUUGUGGGAUUUCAAUCGAGCUCCGUUUUCAUGAGAAGCCCGACGCGGUUCUAGAGAACAUUUCAUCGUCCUCUUUGUACGCUCUUCAGCCUUUUGUGUUUGUAGUGGGAGCUCCGUUCUGAAAGCCUUACCAACGUGUUUGUACGUCGGACUGUGGAGAACAACUCUGCGCCCCCUCCCCAGGCCAGGAUACCUCGGACUCAGGACGCCAACCCCUCCCCAACCUUUCCUAAAAGAACAAAUCAAUCAGUCACAAGUUUUAUAUAAAAAAGUUGAUUGUAUAUUUGGGAAAAAAAUAAAUACACAGCAUUUUUUUAUUAUUUUCCGGCUGUUUUUCUGCUGAACAAUGUGGACAUUUUGCCCCAGCAGAAAGACGUUUUCAGUUCUUUUCCAUCAGAUUUAGAAAUCAUAAACGCAAAAACGUUGGCCUUUUGAAGGAGACUCCCAGAAUUCCCUUUGGUUUUUACAUGAAAAGUUUUGUAUGAAGAAAAAUCAAGACACUCAUUCUGUACACAAAAUGUCUGCUGUAAAAAAAAGGAAAAUAAAGGUUCAUCUGAGAAAAUAGUUUUUCAUGACCCUUUUACCCAAAGAUAUUUGUCAUUAGCAAUCAUGGUUAUUUGCUCCACUUUUGUGAAUGCCAUGUUUCUCAUUAAUGUACAUUGUCAUGAAUGUGAGUACAACUGUGUAAGAGAUUUUAAUGAUGGAGACGUACAAGCAAACACUUUUGUUGGGCAGAUGAGAAGAACACAGAUGGGAGCGAGAGGACUGGACUCCGUUUGGGAAACGACCUUUUGAGUUGUGAACAGUUGAACAUUUAUUGCACUUUUUCACAGUUUUUGGAAAGUACAUUUCUUACAUAUCUUGUGUUUUAAAUAUCAAAAGCUGUGUGUGUAAUGUAGUGUGCUAGGUAAGCAGCAGGCAGCUGGUCUUGUUAUUAUUGUUUUUAUUUUUUUUGCUUUGGAGAUGAUAUGAAUCCAGCAGUCCGGAUGUUUUACUCUGCAGUUCAUGAUGACGAAUUCUGUUGUUCUGCUUGUUCAUGUACAGAGUUUCUUUGCUUUCUGUAGAAAAAAAAACAACAAAAUGUGGCUUUUUAAAAAAAUGUUGAAAAUGUUUUGAAAAAAAAAAGUUUUUUAUUGGUGCUCCUAUACAUUAUGUAUACAAACUAUCAUGAAUACUAACAAAGUAAAUGUU